AUGGCAAGUCAGAGACAUGAGGGUGAAUCUCGGAUGCUGUGCAGGGUAUUUAGAGAUGCUGAAGAACUGGACUACGAGGAGCUAGAGAAGCAGCUGAAGGAAGUGUUUAAGGAGCGCAGCACAGUCCUGAGGGAGCUGACAAAGACGUCCCGAGAACUGGAUGGGAUCAAAGUCAACCUUCAGUCUUUGAAAAAUGAUGAACAAUCUUCCAAAACAGAUGUUCAGAAGCUUCUGGAGUUAGGCCAGAAGCAAAGGGAAGAAAUGAAGUCUCUCCAGGAGGCCCUGCAGAAUCAGCUUAAAGAGACAUCUGAGAAAGCAGAGAAACAUCAGGCUACAAUUAAUUUUUUGAAGACUGGAGUGGAAAGAAAGAGCAAGAUGAUCCGUGACCUACAGAAUGAGAAUAAAAGCUUGAAGAACAAAUUGUUGUCCGGAAGCAAACUGUGUGGGAUUCAUGCAAAAGAAUCGGAAAAAAUCCAAGCCCAACUGAAGGAGCUCCGUUAUGGGAAGAAAGAUUUAUUAUUUAAGACUGUGUUCAUUGUGGACAGUGAUGAUAACUCUAUUACCCUUUCCCAUUGGCUUCCCACCCAUCUAGAUUCAAAUUCUCAUUCCAAAAUUUGA